UCUGAGGUGUACAGGGCGUCGAGCACCGGACUCGGUGGGAUGCGGUGGAGGCCGUGGCGGGGCUGCGGGCCAGGAGGGCGGGAGCGGGGAUGAGUGUGGGCGGCCGCCGCCAUGUCCAAGGUAACGGGGCCCGGGCCAGUGGCGGCGGCGGCGGGCGGGAAGGAGAAGCGCUCCUUCAGCAAGCGGCUGUUCCGGAGCGGCCGCCCGGGCGGCGGCGGCGGCUCCGGGGGCCCAGGAGCGUCCGGGCCGGCCGCGCCCUCGUCGCCGUCGUCGGCGCGUUCGGUGGGCAGCUUCAUGAGUCGCGUCCUCAAGACGCUGUCCACGCUCUCGCACCUGAGCUCCGAGGGCGGCAGCCCUGACCGCGGGGGCCUCCGUGGCUGCUUCCCGUCCGGGCCGCCCGCGCCUCCGCCCUGCCCGCCGCCCGCCGAGCCCGCGCCCGCCCCGGCGCCCACGUCGCCCGCCUCUGAACCGGUCCCGGGGGUGGCGGGACUCCGGAACCACGGGAACACGUGCUUCAUGAACGCCACGCUGCAGUGCCUCAGCAACACCGAGCUCUUCGCCGAGUACCUGGCGCUCGGCCAGUACCGCGCCGGCCGGCCGAACCCUGAGCCAGAGUCGCCCGCGGGCCGCACCUCUGGAGAGGUCACUGAGCAGCUGGCGCAUCUGGUGCGCGCCCUCUGGACGCUGGAAUAUACACCGCAGCACAGCCGCGACUUCAAGAGUAUUGUGUCAAAGAAUGCACUGCAGUACCGUGGAAAUGCCCAGCAUGAUGCUCAAGAAUUUCUGUUGUGGCUUUUGGACCGAGUUCACGAAGAUCUCAAUCAUGCUGUGAAGCAGAGUAGCCAGCCUCCUGUGAAGCCACCGUCAGAGACUGAUAUGAUGCCUGAGGGACCAUCUUUUCCUGUCUGUAGCACUUUUGUACAGGAACUUUUUCAAGCCCAGUACCGAUCUUCUUUGACAUGUCCUCAUUGUCAGAAGCAGAGCAACACUUUUGACCCUUUCCUCUGUAUUUCUUUGCCAAUUCCUCUACCCCACACAAGGCCUCUGUAUGUCACCGUAGUAUAUCAAGGGAAGUGUUCUCACUGCAUGAGGAUUGGCGUAGCUGUGCCUCUGUCUGGGGCUGUCGCCAGACUUCGGGAAGCAGUAUCUAUGGAAACAAAGAUCCCCACUGAUCAGAUUGUGUUAACGGAAAUGUACUAUGAUGGGUUUCAUCGUUCCUUUUGUGACACAGACGACCUGGAAACAGUCCAUGAAAGUGAUUGCAUUUUUGCCUUUGAGACUCCAGAAAUAUUCAGGCCUGAAGGAAUUCUCAGUCAGAGAGGAAUCCACUUAAACAACAAUCUAAACCAUAUAAAAUUUGGCUUGGAUCAUCAUAGACUGUCUUCUCCUAUACAAGCAGCAGCAAAGCAAGGGCAAGUGGACUUACCCAUGACAAGAGCAGGGACCGACAAGAUUGUUCUAUUAGUGUGUAACCGAGCCUGCACAGGGCAACAAGGGAAAAGGUUUGGGCUGCCAUUUGUGCUGCACUUGGAGAAGACAGUAGCCUGGGACGUGUUGCAAAAGGAGAUCUUGGAGAAGAUGAAGUAUUUCCUGAAGCCCACAGUGUGCAUUCAGGUGUGUCCAUUCAGUUUGCGUGUGGUCAGUGUGGUGGGAAUCACAUACUUGCUGCCCCAGGAGGAGCAGCCACUGUGCCACCCAACAGUAGAAAGGGCAUUAAAGUCUUGUGGACCAGGUGGCACUGCUCAUGUGAAAUUAGUGGUAGAAUGGGACAAGGAGACAAAAGAUUUUUUGUUUGUAAAUACUGAAGAUGAAUAUAUCCCUGAUGCAGAAAGUGUCCGUCUGCAAAGGGAGCGUCAUCAUCAGCCUCAAACUUGCACUUUAUCCCAGUGUUUCCAACUCUACACCAAAGAGGAGCGGCUGGCCCCCGAUGAUGCCUGGCGCUGCCCACACUGCAAGCAGCUGCAGCAGGGGAGCAUCACGCUGAGCCUCUGGACCCUGCCUGAUGUGCUCAUCAUACACCUGAAGAGGUUUCGACAGGAAGGAGACAGGCGCAUGAAACUUCAGAACAUGGUCAAGUUCCCCUUGACUGGCCUGGACAUGACGCCUCAUGUGGUUAAGAGAAGCCAGAGCAGCUGGAGUUUGCCAUCCCAUUGGUCUCCAUGGCGACGACCUUAUGGACUCGGGAGGGACCCUGAGGACUACAUCUAUGACCUGUAUGCUGUGUGCAAUCAUCAUGGCACCAUGCAAGGGGGGCACUACACAGCCUACUGUAAGAACUCCGUGGAUGGUCUCUGGUAUUGCUUUGAUGACAGUGAUGUGCAGCAGUUGUCAGAAGAUGAGGUUUGCACACAGACGGCCUACAUCCUUUUCUACCAGAGGCGGACGGCAAUACCGUCAUGGUCGGCCAACAGCUCAGUGGCAGGCUCCACAAGUUCUUCCCUGUGCGAGCACUGGGUGAGCCGUCUCCCGGGGAGCAAGCCAGCCAGCGCGACUUCUGCAGCUUCCUCCAGGCGCACCUCCCUGGCCUCACUGUCUGAGUCUGUGGAGAUGACUGGAGAAAGGAGUGAAGAUGAUGGAGGUUUCUCAACUCGACCAUUCGUGAGGAGUGUCCAGCGUCAGAGCUUGUCAUCCAGGUCUUCUGUCACCAGCCCCUUGGCCGUCAAUGAAAAUUGCAUUAGACCUUCUUGGUCCCUGUCGGCUAAGCUGCAGAUGCGCUCCAACUCUCCUUCCCGGUUCUCAGGGGACUCUCCGAUUCACAACUCCGCCUCCACCUUAGAGAAGAUCGGGGAGGCAGUGGAUGACAAGGUCUCCAUCUCUUGCUUUGGUAGCUUGAGAAACCUUUCUAGCAGUUACCAGGAACCAAGCAAUGGUCCCAGUCAAUGGGAGCACAAAGCUGUGGGUCGGGCCCCUCUUGCUGUAAUGGAAGGUGUGUUCAAAGAUGAGUCAGAUGCCUGCAAAUUGAACUCUGGUGUUGUAGAUGCGCAGAGCAAAAACUUAGCACAAGGGGCUCGCUUGGCCCCCAUAUCUGAUCCAUUUGAUAACAAUAACCAGAUAGCCUAUGUGGAUCAGAGCGAUUCUGUAGACAGCUCUCCUGUCAAAGAGAUGAAACCCCCAAGCCACUCAGGCCCCCUCACAAAGAAACCAGAGAGCACAACCAAGAGCUCCCCCAGCUCCAAAGGUGCUUCUGAGCCAGAUAAAAGCUUACGGAAGGGGAGAUCAGCCUUGACAAGCCAGGAAUCAUCUCUGUCAAGUACAUCCCCAUCUUCUCCUGUUCCUACAAAAGAUCCUGUAAAGCCCUCACGCUCCCGAAGCAAAGCAGAUUCUUCCAGGGCCAGUGGACGGCAUUCCUCCCCAGCCCCUGCCCAUGCCAGAAAGGAGUCCUCCCCCAGAGCUCAGGACUCAGUGGCCUCUCAUUCGCCCCAGAAGCCGAAGUCAGCUUCUUCCCUCACUUACAACACUUCUUCUGUACCUGCCAAAAAGGCCUCGGGCCCUGCCACCAGGGGCCCCUUCCCACCUGGGAAGUGCAGGACUUCAGAUAGAAGCUUAAGUAGGGAGGGCUCCAGACAAAGCCUGGUUUCUGAUCGAGCCACCUGCAGCUCCAAACCCAGCUCUCCUCGGGUAAGCCAGGCCAGGGCAGGGGAGGGCCGGGGGGACGGGAAGCAUGUCAGGAGCUCCUCUAUGGCCAGCCUGCGCUCCCCCAGCACAACUACGAAGGCUGCUCUGAAGAGGGAUAGCAAGUCGGAUGAAAAGGGGCUGUCCUUCUUCAAGUCAGCCUUGAGACAGAAGGAAACCCGGCGCUCCACUGACCUUGGCAAGACGACCUUGCUUUCUAAGAAGGCAGGUGGUAGCUCUGUCAAGUCAGUCUGUAAGAAUGCUGGCGAUGACAAGGCAGAGAAAGGGCACCAGCUUCCAGGUUCCCAGCAGCCAAAUGCCAGUUCAGUUGGAAAACAGCAACUUGUCUCCAAGGACCCUGCUUCUGCUAGACAUUCCCUGUUACCCAGUCGCAAAUCGAAGUCUUCCCAGCUAGACUCUGGAGCACCCUCGUCUCCUGGUGGCAGGCAGCCCGCUGAGAAAUCCCAAAAGUUAUCUUCGAGCAUGCCAGCCUCUGCACGGCCUUCUCAGAAACCUCAGUGAUACUGCUGCAUUCUCUGUGUUUUCCCUAUAAAAAUGUUUAUUUAUUUAGAACCCCUUCCCUCCCACCAAGCCCUCUAUGCUUUUGUUUUAUAUUUUUUGGGUCAGGUGCCUGAUGUGCGUGCUUGUGUGCGUGCGUGUGUGUGUGUGUGUGUGCGCGCGCGCGCGCGUGAGUGUGUGUAGAAUUCAAUUGCAAAUUGUUAAAACGUGUCGCCUUAUUCUGCCAUUGAACCAAAUAACAGCCAUAGGCAAAGUAUCAAUAGUGAGCUAACUGGAAAUAUAGAUGAUACUCUGGAUGGUCCCUUUACCAAUUGUACAUACUUCUUUCUAGAGAACUCUGAUGACUUACUGGACACUAGGGUUUUCGAACUUGUGAACCAGUUAAACUGUUGUUACUGUGCUCUGUCAAAGGAUGAAUUAUUUGACUUGGGUUUCAACUGAGCAGGAUUUGUCCUUACUGUGGAUUGUCUGUCAUGUGGCACCAGGAGUUCUAAAAACUGUGACACUAACAGUGAAACAAACCAAGAGAAAACUUGUUUUCUGCACUUUGGCCCCAUUUACCAGUCUUUGUAAAGGGCAAUAUUUUAACACUAAUGUUUCUCAGGUAUAUACUUAGCUGGACUAGGAUGGAUGUGUAUCAGUAAAAGCAUUAAAGAGGAAGGUGGCCUGUCCAUGACUGUCAUUUCUCCUGCUGCCACACAUGGAAGUUUUUAGAGGUAGAAGUGGUCUUUCACUACUUUCAUAUCUGCAAAGAUGUGUGUACCAUAGGCAGCCUUGACUAGGGAUAUGUCCCAAGAAGAUGGCAAAUUGGAUAUCCAGAAAGCCAGUCACUAAUAGUUACAUUUUUACCUUCUAAAUUUGCCAGUGAGUCGGAUUUUGAAAUGUAGUAGAGCAGUUAACACUUUUGAAAGGGGGUGGGAGGAAUGGAUUUUUAACUGCAUGAAGUUGUAUAAGCUAUACCAUCUUCCCCCUCUGUUGUUGCUUUUUUUCUGUUAGAAGUUGGAAGCUCCAUGCCCGCCCUGUGCUCCUGUGCUCAUGUUCACGUUUCCACAGUCUUAUAAGUCAUAGAGAGGAAAGAAGUUGCAGAAGGCCCAAAGUCAGUGAUGGUUUAAGUGAUGUGUAACAAAGUAUUACAUACACACUCCUGAUCCUGCCUGUCGAACUCAGUGUGACUAUUUUUCAGUAAUUCAUUUAUUUCUUCUCUGUUUAAUAUUUAAUCUCUUACCCUGAACUUGGCAGGAUUGGAGCAUGUUCUAUGUAGUACUGUCCCUGCAAAUUGCAUUUCUUGGUUAGAAAAAAGAACCUCACAAAAAUGUCACAGAUAAGUGAGACACAUGGUUUUCCGAGCUUUCUGGGGGCAUCUUAGCAAUUUUAGUUUUUUUCCUCUUUUUUUUUUUAAAUGUUGAGAGAGUCAUGGUUCUGAUUUUGUUUGAAUAGCAGUUGUCACUUUACCAUGAAGUACAGCAGGCUUUGUUUAUAUGCUCUUAAAUAUUAACUUUUAAAAAAAAUAAUAGACUCUUCAAGUUCUUCCUCAACUUCUGGUACACAGACCCAUUUAUAAACUCCCCUUUUCAGUACUGCUGUGCAUGAGGUAACUAGUCACAUAUACAUGCACAGCUGUAAAUUCUGCACUGCCUUCUCCCCCUCCCCUCCAUGAAUACCUCUUGGGAAAUGUUUCCAGUAGGUCACUUAAGUUUAUUUUGCUGCUAAUUUGAGCAUUAGGUAACUUGCAAGUUCAGAGGCUAUUUAUGUUGAGGGUAGCUGGAAUUUUAGACUCUUGUGAUAGUUAAGACUCACCUUUUAAGCUUUGUGAAAGUUACCAUAGUGCUCCAUGAAAUUUACUGAACAUGAGUCUGCCCCUUGUACUCAGUCCUGUCACUGUCUUACUGUCCAGGUGUCUAUGGCUCUCCAAAGCGGCACUGUUGUCCUUUGUGGUAGUGUGACCUCCAGUAUCCGGCUGCCUAUAGUGUUACUGUUGCUUCCUAUGGCACAUUGGCAGCCAGUCAAUAUGUAGCCACUGCUGGUUUCCCUGUAUCACUUUUUUUUUUAAUUAGAAAAAAAAUUAUUUUAAUCCUCACUUAAGGAUAUGUUUAUUGAUUUAAGAAAGAGAGAAAGAGGCAGACAUCAAUCAGCUGCCUCCCAUACUUGCCCUGACUGGGGCUCAAACCUGCAACCUUUCAGUGUACAGGAUGAUGCUUCAACCAACUGAGCAACACCGCCAGGGAUGUAUCACUUUUAUUUCCUGGAAAAGAUGCACCAAAUAUGGGGUCAUCAGUAUUAGGAAUUCAAUAUUUCUCUUAUUUGAACCUAUCAUCUUUCUUUCACAGGCAAAUCACAUUUGAAAUCUAUCUGCAGCUCUGCAAAGUCUUAGAAUUAUAAUUUGGCCACAUAAAUGGUUUUAUUAACUUUUGGGGGGCUAUAAUCAGUUAGGCAUUAAUAGAAAGUAGUUUAAUUUUUACAGUGGUAAAUAUUUUUAUUCUUGAGUGCUUCAAGAAUGGAUUUUCCAUUUGGUUUAGUGUCUUAAAACAACUACAAACUCCUUUGAUUUUUUCGAGAUCUAGAAAUAAAAUAUCAGUAUCUAUAAAUUAUAUGUCUAUGGAGUUGAGUCCUUGUUUCAGAUUUCAGUGGAAAAAAUCAGGAGGUAUUGUGUCAUUGUCUAGGCAUGUUUAUGCUAUUACAUUUCUGUGCUUAGGAGGUGAAAAUCUUUAUCGCUAACUACCAGGUACAACCUUUAAGCCACUGACGAUAUUUGCCAAGAAGUUUGGAGGUGCUCUUUGAGGUAUAAAAUUUGGGAAAUUUUUACUUGGUUCAGUUCAGUUCUUUGAUAGGUUAGGGACUUGGUGUUUGUUUUGUUUUAUUUUCCCAAUGAUGUUUUGGUGCAAUAGGUGAACAUGUGUUUGGGGUUAAAAAUCACCUGCUGAGGAUGGUGGGCCUGGGUUUCUGAUUGACAGCCAGGUGGGCUGAUUGAGCAUUCAUUCUCUGGUCAGCAUAAAAUAAUCACCAACCAUAGAGCUGCAUCUGUAAAGUUUGCCUGUUUUUUAAAAAAGUUUUAUUCUUGAUUUCUUUUCUGGUAAACAUCCAGUGCACUGAGGCUAUGUCAUUCCUUAAGACAGCCCUAUGCCUUGCCUUUGUAAUCCUUUAUAUAAUGUGGAAGCACAAGGGAACUAUUAAGCUCGCUUUAUGUCAAGACCAUCUCCCACCCCUUUUGUAUUUUCUCUCCCUAAAAGCAGCCCAACUGGACCAGUAGUGUGGUUGGGGUAAAGUAUUGUAACUAUCUGUGUAAUCAUUCUUUCAUUAUUCGUUUUUGUUCAUUCUGCAAACAUUCAUGGAGGGCCUGCUGUGCUUGUGAAGGCUAGCUGCAAGCUUCAGAAUUGCCUUGGCUGAGGACCCCUGGGAGCACAGCUGGUGGACUGGGGUACUGGUGAUGUCCUGUAUGGAGUCCUCUUGAACAAAAGAGCAAGUGGAUUCUGGUGAAGGGGCCAAGGCUGCUGGUCCUCCUAAACAAGUGUGUUCUGGAAACCAAAAGUGCCCUUUUUUUAUCUCUGGAGACAUUUUCCUCCACAUCCACUUUCAGACUGAGCUGUUUCUAUUACUUAGGGGUAGAAAAUCCUUGAUGAAGUCACUUCUCAUUAGAAUUUUCUCAUCCAUGUUGAUAUGAGAUUGAUUUUUUUUUUGUAGGGGUGGGGUUGAAAGAAAAAUUGCCAUCCCUCUAAAAUAAUUAUGAAAAUCAUAGAAACAGCAUGCAAAUGACAGUGGUGUCAGCCUUUAGGAAAAUGGAGCAGAGAAGAGCUGUGAACAAAGCUCAUUUAUUUCAAAUAAACAUGUUUUUAAAAUAUAUUGACAUCUGAUGUCACAUUCCAUUCUAACAAUUACUUAACAGCUGAAGUUACUGUUUUCUAUGGAGGUUGUUACAAUUAUUGGAUGCAAAGAUAAUUAGUGUUUCUGGUUGGAAUUUUGAGAUGGCUAGCAAAUCAUUAGUAUAAUUUCAGUAAAACAUAUGUUGUGA